AAUGUGUCAAAUUUUAUGUCAAAAUCAAUAUUAAAAAAUCAUUCAAUUAAACAGUUUUAUAUUAUUCUUAAUAAUUUAAUCCAUUCUCGAAAUACUUAUAUGAAAUAAAUAAUAAAAAAAAACAAAUAUGGAUAAGAGUAGCAUAUGGAAAUUUUGUGAUGAGAAUCCCCUAAAUGAAUAUACCUUAAUAGUUCCAAGUGUUGCUGUUGGAAAUGUCGGUCAACUUUCAUGUGACUUGCUUAUUUCUUCAUUAAGUAUGACAAAAAUAGCAUCAGUCUACAGCACAGCACAAAUUCCUGUUAUAGGAUAUGAUCCAUACAAUUUAAAAUCUGGAUGUCUUUCAACUUCCUGUGAAAUUUAUAAGUCUGAUUCUAAAAAAGUAUGUGUCUUACAACUGAAAUCGCCGCUUAUUUUUAAAUACGCAAAGAACUUCCUAGAAGAGGUUAUAGAAACAUUCAAAGAGAAAUAUGUAAAGGAUGUGAUCAUUUUAUCUAGUAGUUAUGCUCACGAAAAGAAACAUAUUCUUAGUUCACCAUUUAGAUAUGUGAUAAGUGAAGGAAGUACAUAUGAAGGGAAGAUAAAGAAUGCAGAUAUAGUGAAACAUGAAGGUGAUAUUGGAGCAUUAAAAAUUUUUGGUGGGGGCUUUGCAUCGCUACUUUAUAAAAUAUGCCAAGAAAAGAAUUUACCUUGUUUAGUGUUGUACAAAUAUUGUUCAGAAGGUGACAAUAUACCUGAUGCUUAUGACAUGAUUAAAAUAUUGAUGAAUGUGUAUCCUUUGUUUUCUGAAGAAAAGGACUUGUUCUCGCAAUUAAAACAACCUGUCUCUUGGACGUUACUCUUUGGUAGACCUCCACCUCAAAAUGUUUACUGAAUAUAUGAUUUUUAUUUUCAUAAUA